AUGACAUUUUUGGUUUCAACAUCCAAUCGCUUCUCCAAGGUGAAUUUGCAAGUUACUCUACCACAAGUUCCACCUUUUGUCUUGGGACUAUUGCCAACAGAUGGUAGUGAAACUUCAGUUACUAUUGCAAAAAUCCACUACAAAAUUCCAGAUCUUGCUAAACAAUUCAAUGAACCAGUUGAAGUUAAAACAGCAUUAUUAAAAUGGUAG